UUCUCGCCGCUGUCGCCGCCUGGCGGGGGCGCGGCGGACGCGGCGGGGCCUGAGGGCGCCGAGGGCCUGUUCGUGCUGCUGGGCGCGGGGCUCGCCGCCGCCAGCCACCCCCUGCUCUACGUCAAGCUGCUCGUGCAGGUUGGCCAUGAGCCACUGCCUCCAACCGUUGGAAGAAAUGUGCUGGGAAGGAAGGUCCUGUACAUGCCUGGCUUCUUCACCUACGCCAGACACAUCGUGGAGGUGGAUGGGAAGAGAGGCCUCUUCCGUGGCCUGACCCCGCGCCUCAUCUCAAGCACUUUAUCAACCAUCACCAGGGGGAGUGUGAAGAAGGCGUUUCCACUGGAAGACAUGGAGCACGUGUCUAACAGGGAUGAUGUGAAAACCUCACUUAGGAAAGUGGUCAGAGAGACAUCCCACGAGAUGAUGAUGCAGUGUGUGUCCCGGGUGGUCUCGCACCCGCUGCACGUGAUCUCCAUGCGCUGCAUGGUCCAGUUCGUAGGCCGGGAAGUCAAAUACAGCGGUGUGUUCAGUGCCAUUGGCAGGAUAUUUAAGGAAGAAGGGAUCCUGGGAGGAUUCUUUGUUGGGUUAGUCCCUCACAUCCUGGGGGAUGUCAUCUUUCUCUGGUGCUGCAACCUCCUGGCUCACUUCAUCAACACCUACGCCGUGGAUGACAACUUCAGCCAGGCCUCGGUGAUCCGGAGCUACACCAAGUUCGUGAUGGGGAUCGCUGUGAGCAUGCUGACCUACCCGUUCCUUCUCGUGGGAGAUCUCAUGGCAGUGAACAACUGUGGGUUGCGUGCAGGCCUCCCUCCCUACGCUCCUGCCUUUGCAUCCUGGAUCCACUGCUGGAGGUACCUCAGUGCUCAGGGGCAGCUGUUCCGUGGCUCCAGCCUGCUGUUCCGCAGGGCGCCCAUCCCAGCCGCCUCCUUCCCCCUCGACUGACGCCUCGGCAGGGACAGCUCAUCAGCCUGGGCUCCUCGAGAAUCCCCGAGCUUGUUUCGAUAUCUGUACAUUUCUAUUUUCUGAUCCAAAGCCCAUGGUGCCAGAACUGACACCUCCUCUCCAGCAAGGCCAGGAACAGACUUCUGGACAUCUGGCUCAGGCUCCAGCUGGACCAAAGCUCCAUCCUCGUGGCUGUCUCGACUGGGAUGUAUAGCAGAGAGAGCAGAAAGCUGUUGUCUCUUUGGUCCAAGCUGUAGCUCUGGAGUUGCUGGGGAAGUCCAGGAACCCAGAAAAUGCCCAGGUACUAAAGGAGCCAGCCAUGAGCUGCAGGGACAAAAGACUGCUUUGUUCUGCCUGAGCUGAAAAGAGCAGGAGAGCCAAGGUCACCUCCCUGGGAAGGUUAUGCAGGUGACAGCCUCCUGCCUCAUCCUUUCUGGAGAGAGCACCUUUGCCUGGCAGGUAGCUCAUCCUGGGCAAGAUCAACCUGCCAUCUGUAUUUAAGGU